GCCUGACAUCCUUUUAUUCGCGCUCAGCCCCCCCCCCCUCUUCUCAGCAGGAAGGAAGGCUUUGGGAAGGUGUUCUCUUUCUCUUGCUUCGCCCUUCCGCGUCCGCUCGUUACUUUUGCAUCACUUGGUUUUACAUCAGUCCUUUCGUUACUUUAAAUCCCUUAAACAAACAGGAGAAGUUGAUUCUCGUCAACCACACACGAAAAUAUAGUCUCAUGGUGAUGUGAGAUCCCUACGCUCCGGAUUCGCUUCCUGGUGGAGGAAUUGGACGGGACCAUGCAGAUGGCAGACGGCCGGGAACGACCACCAUCAGGAGGGAGUCAAUGGAGAGGCGGCGGCGGCGGCGGCGGAGGACGUAACGGUGGAGGAGGACGUAAUGGCGGAGGAUAUAACGGCGGCGGUGGACGAAACGGCGGCGGAGGACGAAACGGCGGCGGAGGACGUAAUGGCGGCGGCCGCGGCGGCGGUGGACGAAACGGUAAGCCGUGGUGGUGUUACUACUCGCCCCAAGCUUGCUCAUCAAACAAUGGCCCAGGUCCGGGGGGCGCCUGGCCGCCAAACCAGACGAGCACAACGCCCAUCAACAAGCCGCCGGCAACCAGCACGCCCAAGACAACUGCGCCGCGGCCGCCGACGACCACGCCCCCAGCCGAGACGCGACCUCCUGCUGCGCCGCCGGCUAACACACAAUCUCCGAAACCUGUACCACCACCCGAAUCUCAUCAUGCCCCGCCUACAACCUCCCCGUCGCCGACGACCCGGCCACCAGCGCCUCCCGCAGCCGGGACCGGCCGGCCGGACGACACAGAUACGGCAUCUCCCACUUCAGCGGCGGCGCAGCCCGGCGCCACCGGCGAGCGCGAUGGCCCCGGAAACGGCUCGGAGACCGGCACGGGGAAGAAUGGGCCCGGGAGCGCGGGCCCGACAGACGGCCCGGCCGGUGGCAAUGACCUUGGCGCUGGAAACGGGGAAUCGCCCUCUGGGACCGGGCUGCCUUCUACAGCCGACCCUUCGCGGUCGGGCGGCGGAUCCGGGAAUGGCGGCGGGAUUGGAGCCGGCAGCUCGGGAGGGAGUGCCGGGACUGGUGGCGGUGGCCUUCCCCCGGGUGCGAUCGCCGGGAUAGUGGUGGGACUACUUGCUCUCCUCGCGCUCCUCGCCUUGCUUCUCUACAGAUUCAGGAGAGCGCCGUUCGUGCAGCGCUUGUUGGCGCCCUUCGGCAAAUCCCCCGGCGGACCGGGCGCUUUCCACCGGAUGAACACUCAGGGAGCAGAUGCGUCGUAUAAGAAUCUACUGAGUCCAGGAUUAGGGCCAGCUGCAGCAACAGCAGGUGCGGGAGCAGCAGCAGGGGGUAUGGCCACCGCCGCCGCCGCCGCCACCGCCAACCGCCACUCCCCCACGACAAGCGCAGGACAGCAGUCUUCACAGCCUCCAAUGCGCCAGACGAACCGCCUAGACCCGCUUCUCAUUCCUGCUGCCGCGGCCGCGCGGGACAGCAACCGGGUAUCCGUCUUCAGGGACGACUCGGCCCCGAGCAGUGCUUUCACCCCGUCGCCCGUGACCCCCACAUCAUCAGGCAUGCUGUCACCGGGCGCGGUCGCCGCCUCGCGCCCGGUAGAGCAACCGCCAGACCCCCGGAUCGUCCCCGCCGCCGACGCCCGGCUAAGCCGGGGCAGCAUCAGCAGCAUAAGCACUGGCAGCGCAAUAAGCGCCGCCUUGUCCCCCGGCCAGAUGGCCUGGCCUAUGCCACCCGGCACGCCGCCCGCCAUCCGCCACCCAGACGGGCCCCAGUACGUCACCUUCCAGAAGACGGGCGAGACGGUGGUGCGCAUCAACCAGACCCCGCGCAGCAACCGCAGGUCGAGCGGGUACUAACUACUAACUGCGACGGCUGUGGGCCGCCGCGCGGUUACUAUAAUGCGCGCCUUGAACGGUCCCCGAAUACCCGUGUACUUUAUCAUUUCCGCACUGCUACAUGUACUGCGUGUACAUUUACCUUCCUUGCAUCAAUGCUUACCACGCCCUUGUUUCAGGGCGUGCGUGGGUGACUUUCUGCGAAAAUUCUCCUUGAUUUACCUCAGGAAUCGCUGUUGCAGUUUUGGGGUGUUCUGUUCGGCCAGGGGUCGAAAAAGUCAAGUUAAACAUCGAUGGUGACGUGACCUACGGAGUAUGGAUUGAAUGAAACGCCGAAAUCCUUGCUCUGUUUCGCUCUCUCUGUCGCAACCAAGGCUGUGAUUGUGAUACUCAAUGCGCGUCUCCCUUACCAAUCGCUACCAUCAACAGAGUUGUUUGCCUAAUGCCGCAUUUUCC